AGACGCCAUAUUGGAUCGUCAAAAAACAACUUCUAAUUUUGGACACAGAAAAAGCUUUUGGUAGAAACAAAUAUUGGUGUGUUGAUGAGGAAGUAAACAGCAUAAUCUUUCCUCGCAAUACUAUGUUUAACGAUGAAGCACAAGAAGCAGUAGAAUUUAAGUCGUCGUGGAAAACCGAAAGGUCUAGCAAAAAUGCAGGGGCUCAAACCAGUGAGAUUAUCACUUAUGAGGCAGAUGUACAGUCAAUCCAUCGGGUAGAUGCAGAGACUCAAACAGAAGAAGAGGAUGAGAAAGGAAAACUUGUCUUUGUUGUUGAGGAAGAGAAUCCAGGCCUUGUUAAUUUUAUACUAAGAGUCUAUCCUGAGGUGAGCCGACAAUUACAAGCCAACAUUACAAGUCAUGCUUUUGAUGGUUAUGAAGAGAGCAUAGAUGAAUCAACCAGCUCUGUAUCAUGUGCCCAUACAUUGAUGAAUGCAGCUUUAGUUGAAGAUGAGCUACAGGUUACUGGCUUGUCAUGGAAUUCCACUGGUUCAGUAAUCGCUGUCUCCUAUGGAAGGUUUGAUCAUGAACACUGGUGCUCUCAUAAGUCUGCCCUGUGUACUUGGAACAUUGACAGGAGAGCAAUUGAUCCAAACAAGCCUGAUAUCACCAUUGAUCUAUCUAGUUGCUUGAUGUGUAUUGCUUUUCAUCCAAAUCUGCCAUCGGUUGUCGCUGGAGGAUCAUUUAAUGGAGAGAUACAAGUUUGGGACACUGGAAGAGAGGAUGAGACUGUCCUUGCUACAUCAGGAAUGGGAUCAGAUUCACACCGGGAACCCGUUAGUAAGGUCUUGUGGACUUUAGAUUCCAGCUCUAAGGGGACGAAGUAUCAGAUCCUAAGCAUAAGUGGCGAUGGCAAAGUCCUGGUAUGGCAGAUGACUCCAGGCUCACGUGAUCUCAAACUAGUCGGCGGUUUCAUUUUACAGACAGACAGUGUUCCACGAAGCAUGCGGUUGAGCAAAGCCCGCGGUGAUGCUGAAAUGGGAGUGACUAGUAUGUCGUUUUCUCAUGAGGACCGCACUCUUUUUGUGCUCGGCUCAGAGGCUGGGGGAGUAUUUAAAUGUUCCAUGACAUCAAGAGGACCUCCCGUGACAAAUGUUCAGAGCUCCGUUCCGCUGCGUUCCCCUGUAACUUUUGCCUUCUCUCCUCACUUUGGGCCUGUGUUUUCAGUUGACUGUUCACCUUAUCACCGGAAUCUCUUCCUUACUUGUGGUACAGAUGCAUCUGUUAGGCUCUACUCCAUGUUGCAGUCCAAGCCCCUAUUUUCAGUGGAGCCCGGAGCGGGGUAUCUAUUUAGGGUCCGGUGGUCUCCUUCACGCCCGUUGGUAUUUUCCGUCGUUACUACGGAUGGCCGCUUGCUGAUUUAUGAUUUGAAGGUUGACCGGAUCAACCCAGUGGUCACGCUCGAUGUCACAACAGACAAAUCACCGGUAUAUUCCUUGGAGUACAACCUUCAAAGGCGUCAGACACUUGCCACCGGUGAUUCACAAGGUCGAAUCAAAAUAUGGAGGCUCAGCGAUGAGCUAACAACCCAGUCCAACCGAGAGGAGGAAUUCCUGGCGGUUAUAGCAAAUGACACUCAAACGGAAUAGGCAACAGCAACAGCGACAUAAACACGUUUCUGUGAGUAUUUUCUCUUCCUAGCCACCGGAAGGAGCGAAGGCAUAGAGACGAUAGAGAGACCUGGGAGCGAGGACGUAGUGAGAUAUGUCAUCGUCGUGUUCGCCUCGUCGACAUCGUACUUCGAGUUAUAGAGGCCACAAGCUAUAUCCGGCGUAGAAACAGCUGAAUUCCUACUUCUUGUAUGAACAAAUUUCCUGAAUUCUUGAAAAUUUGUUCAGGAGAAACAUAGCAAAAUCUCGGAAUCCAUGGAAGUUAAAUAUUUUGCGAAAAGAAACUAAUAAUGUUUGCUUUCUUGACUUCGCGAGUCCAGCAUCUCUGGGUGGUUUUACUUCCUCGUGAAAUAAACUAUUGUUCUGGUUGUAAGAACCACUUAAGUUUUCUUCAAGAUGCCCCUUCUGAAAUUCUCAUGGUUUGUGAUAGACAGAUCAUUCACAAGGUGUUUACUUUUCUUUUUCGUCUUUUCCCUCUCCGAAACCAUAUAGUAUAAAAUGCUCCCACCAAACUAAAUGGAAUGUUGCUCAUUUUCGCUUGCUACAGUACAAGGCGAAUAAAUACCUUCAGCAGAACAGACUUAUCACUGAGGAAACAUGUCAUUAAAAAUUUAUACCAUUUGCGAA